CCUUAAUUGUAAACAAUCAUAGUUGUCUAAUGAUGCUUGUUUUUAGUUGUAAUGUCAUUCGGUGAAGUUUAUUUUUAUUUUUUGGAUCAUGUGGAAGUGCCAUAAAUGUGGAAAACCCGUGUACUUUGCUGAACGGAAGCAGUCAUUGGGAUAUGACUGGCAUCCAGAGUGCCUGAGAUGUGAAGAAUGUGGCAAGCGUUUAAAUCCGGGUCAGCAUGCUGAGCAUAAAGGAGUACCAUACUGCCAUGUGCCCUGUUAUGGAGCUUUAUUUGGACCACAACUGUUUGGGCAUGGAACUCGUGUGGAAUCUCAUACAAGUUUUGGAAAGGUAGAGAAUCGAUCUGGUGGACCAAAUCUACCCAGGUCACACAUAGAAUCCAAAUUGAAAAUAUUUAAUCAAUUUUAUGAUGGAAAAAGUGGUGAAAUAAGAAGUAGAGAGGUAAAUGGUCGACUUGUUUUAGAAGGUGCCCUGCGAAUACAUUGGGGAGUGUUAGGAAUGAUUCAUCUCAAGGAAGAUGACGAUCAGCGCACUGUUGUAACUAUAAGGAAACGUAAUUCUUGCCGAAGUGAUGGUUUUAAUGGAGUUGAUUUUGAGGUGGACUUUGAAAGUUUUGAUGAUGAUAUUUACAAUCAUUUGGCUGAUGUGACAGAUGAGAACAAAGAACAAGAAACAUCUUGUGAUGAACUGUCAUCCCCUGACAGUAGUAAUGCAAAUCAUGAAUUAAAGCAUGGUGCUCAAACUUUACCACCAAAACUUGAUGUCAAACAAAUUGAUUGGGAUGAGCUUGAUGACCUCCUGCAGGUGGAGAGGAAAAGAGAUGAGUCUGAGAAGAUAUAUCAAACAAUGCCAGUCAGUCUCCCAAGUGUUUCUACGCAGUCAAGUUUAGACUUCUCAGAUGAAACAACACAUGGGAACACAUUCUCUACACAGUCCAGUGUUGACACAGUUGACAGCUUCACUAGUGAAGAAACUGGAUCCGCAACAGAUUCCGCAGGUGUAGACAGCACAGCUGCUACUCGUGGCAGCAACAGCAGCCAUACUAACAGUGGUGAUGGAGAUGCAAAUGGAGAUCGAUCCAGUUUAGAUAAGAUACCAGCAGACCUUGCAAGUCUGGAUAAGUUUCCUAGCCUUGAAAAAAAUCUGAACAGGUCUAUGAGUGGUCCAGACUGUCUGGAAAGACAUUGGGAUCAGGGAUGUAAAAUGGAUGCAACCACACCAGUGAUUCCUGAAGCAAAUAAUGAUGAUGUUUUUAGCAGUUCAGGUGGAGACGCUAAAAAUCAGAGUGAAAGUACCCCUGAUGUUGUCUUAAGAAGAGCAGCUAAAACAGGAUCAACAGCAAUCCGGCGCCGUCCGGGAAUGCGGUCCCGCACUAAAUUGAAGAGAAGGUGCUCAAUUAAUGGCCACUUCUACAACCGAGAAACAAGCUUUUUCACUCCACCUCAUGGCAGCCAAAUGAGUGUCUGGGUCACAUCUCUUGUUAAUACACAGGAAGUUAUUAAUUUGUUACUCGAGAAAUACAAAGUGGACAGCAAGCCAAGUAAUUUUGCACUCUUUGUAGUCAGAGAUAAUGGUGAAAGGCGACGUUUGCGUGAAGAUGAAUACCCUUUGUUAGUACGAGUUAUGUUGGGUCCCCAUGAAGAUGUUGCAAAGCUAUUUUUAAUGGAUAAACAGAAUACAGAAGAAAUCAGCAAUGAAGUGGCUCAGUUUCUAAAUCUCAGCAUUACAGAAUGCCGUGCUAUUCUUAUGCGUUAUCAGGAAGAGGAAGAACGAGAAACAAAACGCAUCAAAGCUAAAUAUCGGGAGAUGCGUAGACGAAUAAGGCAAAGAAUGGAUGAUCUUAAGGUAAGGUUAUGAUAUUUUGAUUUUUCUUUCUUGGUUUGGACUGGGUGGAUAGCAGCUGUGAGGAAGAUCUGCACAUAUUCUCCACUUCACUGCAAGUUUAUUUUUUCUGUGUAAAUUGUUGUUAAAAAGUCAGCAAUAUAGUAGAACUAAAAGAAGAAAUGUACUGUUAGGUGUGCUUGGUCUGAAAUAAGUGCUAUCUGCAAGCUGAACACUGUGUUAGUUUUGAGUGGCUUGUAACUUCAGUAGAAAAUUUGUGAAACCCCUCUGCAACAGAAAGCAAUUUCAGCAUAUAGUGUCAUGUUUCCACAGUGCAAUAGUUUUGGCUCUGGAAGCUGUUCUGUGUGGUGUAUUACUGAUUACAAUAAGUUUGUAUUAGUGUCUGAAGUAACUUGAUGAGGUCUGAUUAUGUUAUUUUCUGAUAGAUCUGCGUGUCUGAAGUGUUAUGUAAGUAUUAUUAUGAGAUAUUGAUUAAUUACUUGUAAUGCUUUAUGUAACUUGCAUUUGAAGCUGGAUUUAUAUGUAAGGCAGCAUUCUACUCAGUUCUGCAUAUAAGGAGCAAAUGUUUAUGAAUUAACUAAUGUAACAUAACUAAUACCAUCUGAGAAGAAAAAAAAAGUAACAUUGCUCUGGCAGUUUUAGUUUUAUGGGCACAUGAGUAUUGCUGUAACUGUUUUCUUUGGUUGGUGUCAUCUGUGAAAAAGUGGGUAAAAGGCACCAUUUUCAUGUACAGAAACAUUAUUUCACUCCCAGAUCUGUGAUGUAAGUGAAUUAAUUACCUUACAUCCUUCAUUUACUUGUGUUGUACUGCCAAAAAUGUUUGAUGGACACAAAGCAAUCAGGAGAUUAUUUGCCCUUUGCAUGAAGUUAAAUUUCUCAUGAUGUGAGGGAAGGAGGUGAGAGUUGUUGGACUCAUAAAUUAUUAGAUACACACACUCCUCAGAAAGUCCACAGCUCGUGGUCUAGUGGUGAGCGGUGCUGCCUCUGGAUCACGGGGUCUUGGGUCUGAUUCCCAGCCGGGUUGGGGGUUUUCCCUGCCCGGGGACUGGGUGUUUGUGUUGUCCUCAUCAUUUCAGUUGGGACUUUGUACGGAUGUUGAUGACUGCGUAGUUGAGUGCCCUACAAACAAAACAUCGUUGUCAUCAUCAUUAUCAUCAUCAUCAACUCCUCAGAAAAUAAUUAUAUAUCACUGCACAGUAUACAGUGUUUUUCAGUUCACCCCCCCCCCCCCCCCCCUUUUCCUCUCUUCCCAGAAGUCACUAUAUCCCUUGUUCUUUCAUCAAGUAAGUCUUGGCAUUAGGAUGCUCCUUGUAACACAGAACAUUUGAAAAUAUUUUCAGCAGUACGAGUCUUACAUUUUUCAAACACUUUUUGUGAAACACUACCUCAUAAUUAAAUGCAGAUGCUUUCAUUUAUAAAUGAGAUUUUGCUUUUAGCAUGAACACUUGCAGCACAACAAGGAUUGCACUAACAAUGGAGUAUGUUUUCCUACUUCAGAGCCAACUGAAAUUAUGUAGCUAGUUAACCUAUGACUGUGUAAAUGGUGUUUUGUGAGAUAUAUGGCGGAGAACAUUUGGAGGAACUGCAGUUUAUUAUUUCUUAAGUGUCUCCUUUACAAACAAGAAAUAAAGACCUGCAAGAUUUAAUGAUUAAUAGUGAAAAUCUUACAUACUCUGCAUCGCAUGUUAGUACUAAAAUCACUUUGUUUAUGUGUCAGUUACUACCUUUGUGUUUUGCUUGUGUCUGGUCAUGAUGCCACAUAUGGAUGAGAGUACAGGAUACAUACACUCAUAAAAUGGAUCUUUUUCACUGUUUCUAUGCAGAGUUCAUCAUGGAAUUAGUGCUGUUUGGUCGUUUUGUCACAUGUCUUAUUUGUAUGUCACAAAUCUAUUUAUUUGUAGUGUAAGACGAACAAAAACAUGAAGGAUUUAAGAUAUGGUUUUAGGUAAAGACUGUUCUGAGCAUUGUGCUGACAAAUUUUGGUCUCAAGUAAUAAUGAGGGAAAUGUGUUACACUAUUCAAAAAAGUUGCCCAAAUAGCUAUCUUUGCUUUCAUAUACAUUUGUAUCCAUACCAGAAAAACAUGUGUUUGUCAACAGAGAUGAUGCAGGAAAUUUUGUAUUUGAAAAAGACAUUUUUAUAUUUUCUUUUUUAAAUUUAUUCAUUGUAAUGACUGGGCAAAAGGAUUAUCAGACCUAGAGCAUUACUUUGAUAAAUUUACGUGAUUAAACCUUUUUAGUUUUUUUUAAUACUGUACCAUAUUGUGUGCAGAUAACACCACAUGUUUCAUCUAACUGUUGUGCUGAUGAUUGUUCACGUUGCCAGGGGUUGUAUGUUCUUGCUACCCUGUGAGAUGUUCAUGUGCAGCAAUCAGAUCAGACCACAUUUCCAACAAGCUUUUCACCAUAUUAACAAGAAAUAGUUCAUCAGGGCUCCAAAAGGGUUUUCAUGGUUUAAUCUACCAUGGAUAACUAAUGGAAAGAAGUUUGGCAAAAAUACUCUUUUUGUGAUGAAUCAUUAACUGAAAUUUUACGUCAUAGAAUAUGAGAUAAUCACACUUUAUAUUUCAAUAUAAAAUGCACAGUCAUCUUUGCCCAAGACUUCUAUAGAAGGUGUGUUUCUUGGUACAUUAAUAUGUCACAUGCAAAUAAAUUUAUUACAUGACUGGAAACCGACUAGACUGCUGCUGAAUAGUUUUUAACUUUAUGGAUUUAGAAUUGCACAAUAUUUUGAAUCUUUUUCAGUACUAGUGGAAAUAUACUCAAAUUUAUGUUGGAGGCUAUGUGAAAGAAAAAGAAAUAUUAUUUGAGACAAUAUUACAUUUUCUUAUGAAGAAAUACUAAUUGAAAAUUGGUUAAUAACAUCAUUAAUAUUGUCAUUAAUUUCAUUCAAAAGCCUCUAUUUAUUGCAAGUUAGUCUUUUUUAUAUGUAGUACAAUGUUUUAUAUUGUAUGGUCAAAGAUGAAACUGCAGAUCUCACUGUCAUGGGAACUGUCAAUUCAGCUUUUUUGUAUUUUGGGACAGUAAUUCCAGUCAUCUAGUAGUGUAUAGUUACAAGUCUGUAAGACUUAGCUGAAAUACUUAGUUCCUUUCAUAUAAUCAUAAGUAAUAAUUAUUUGCAUACAUUUUUGAGCUGUUUGUGCAUUAUCUGUUUUUGAGAUAUAUACGGUAUUCAUAUGUUAUUGUUAUGUUAGGGGCAUGUUUUAGACAGGCCAUUUGUUAAUACUCUGGGCUGUUUGUUAAAAACUCCUGCAGCCAUCAGAAGAAAUAAACAUUUUUGUGUAUCUCUUUUUGUUUCAAAUGGUGCUGUGUGUGUAUAUGUCGAGAUAGUUAACUCUCCUUUUCUUUUUUCAAAGUAAAACUUUUCGAUGUGUAAUAAAAUACCAGAAAGUCCUAAGUGUAAUGCAAAGAAUGGAAGGGGUAAAUGUAACCACUCACUAUAUAUUGGAGACUGUGAGCAGUUGAGUUGCAAGGCACACUUGCAGAGAGACUUGCCUGAGCACUGGAUUUUUACAUCUAUUUUUUGUGUGUGUGUGUGUGUGUGUGUGUGUGUGUGUGUGUGUGUGUGUGUGUGUGUGUGUGUGUGUGUGUGUGGGCGCGCGCGCGCGUGCAUGCGCGUGUGUGUGUGUGUCAGAGAAAGAGCAUCGUCUGGAAGCUUUCAAUUUUAUUUAUGUCUGCUGCUCAACACUUCAGCGACACAGUGAGUGGUUACCUUUAUUUUUAGAUGUACCAUUCAUUUAUUUUCUUCCGAGAGAGAGAGGGGGAGAGAGAGAGAGAGAGAGUGCACAUGUUGUAAUAACAAUAAGAUAAUAGAUAAAAUUUGUAAAAGGACCAUUGUGUGUUACAAAUUAGAUGCUUGCAGAGGAUAAUGUAGAGUGUAAUGUGCAUAUAUGAAAGCAUCAUUUUACAGAAAUAUUUUAUUUCACUUAAUUUUUGAUACUGAAGCAUACAUGCUGUUGUUGUUUGAAGCAUUAAAUCAUUAAUGAUAAAAAAUUUGAAAAUAACUGAAAAGUCUAAGAUCUUGUUGAAACUUCAAAUUUUUGAUUGACCUGUUAUGGAUACUAACAUACAUCACAUAUAUUUUAGAGACUUGUAAUUUCACUUACAGUGAAAAUUUAAAUUUUUAUGUAAAACAGGGAUCUUUUGCAUUUACCUUGUCUUACAGCAUUUCAUGGGACAGUGAAAGAUUUGGGUGUAGAAACAGUGAUUGUGUUUUGUGUGUCACCAUACACUCCCCAUUACAGUUAAAUCAUUAUGUAUAUGGUUGAGAAGUACACACAUUGAAGUAUCACUUGUUACAGAACUGUAAUACUGCUGUUGAUAUAUAUGGGUGAAGAACUGUUAGUUCAAAAGAAUGAAAAAGAGUAAACUUGUUGAAAUUCAUGAAACAGUUUUUUAUGAUUGACAAAUUAAAGAAAAUAUGGAUAUUAAUUAAGCUUUAAUAUACAUUUAAAACAGAUUACUGUGAGAAGCAAAUUUUGCAUUUCAUUUAUAGAGCUAGAAGCGACGUAAUAAUAUUGUCAUACUUUUAAAUUUUCAGUGUAAGUGAAAACAGUUAUUUGUAAAUAUAUCUCAGACAGAAGAAGAAAUGUCUGGUUCAGAGCAACAUAAUACUAAAGUAAUUGCAUUCUGUACCUUGCAGUUAUGUUAACAUUUCUAAGAGCAUGUUAUCUGUUGAGUAACUGACUGAUGUAAUGACUUAAGUGUGAAUGAGAUGACUAUUUCUCAUCUGUUGUUUUGUGUGCUGGAUUGUACAGCAGCAGGAUCUGUUUGAAUUACGAUUGUGCUGCUUCACUUGUUUCUGAAAUCACACGAUUGCAUUUAGCAUAAAGGAACUGGAUAGUGUGUGCUGGAAUCAUGGACUGAAGUUGUUAAUUAUAUUAAUGUAGGAAUGAAGGAGUAUAAGAGUGUGUGCAUGAUUUGUAACAUUUUACUGUUUUUGUUUUUGUAAGAGGUACAGUACUGAUUACUAACAAAUAUGCAGUACAACAAAUUCAGUACAUGGAAUUGAAUCUCUGUUUAAUCGUGCAAGUAUAUUAAGUGUAAUACCUUGCGUAUGAAGUUUACAUUGACAGCUGUCAUUUGUUUUGAAAUACAUGUGCUAUUGAAGGAAUAUUGUGGACUGUUAUUAGUGAGUAAUCAAUUUACAGCCUAUUGUGUUCCGUAGCAUAUGGAUUGUGCUUUUGUCUGUAGUAUUAGAAAACUGAGUGGUUGCAUAUAGAAUUCUUUGUGCUGUUACUUCAAUAAAUGUGUGUCAUAUUUUGAAUGAAAAUAUCUAAUCCAUUUAAUUUGUUCCCUUGGUUAGAUAUCUUACAACAUAGCCUGAUAAAAUGAAGAGAGAAGAGUUUUUUCCCCAGGGUCUUAUUUACAGAGGAUAAAUAACUUGUUUUUCUCCCUGUAAAAUUGUUUCAGUGGUAUUUACAUUUAUGUAAAAUGAAGCAAAGGCACCCACUCACCUAUAGCUCUGAUUGAUGUGUCGCACAUAGGAACAUACAACAGAAAACAGUAUUUUCACUAACUUUGGAGCUUUUGCUCUUUCUCUAAUGGAAGUACACUCAUUCACACACAGACCCAUGCAGACAUCCAAGCAUACACCCACCGCCAUUGCGAGACUGCGUGUUUCUAUGUACCGCACACCAAUCAGGUGAGUGGUUGUUUUUCCUUUAUUUUAAGUCCUAUUCCAUUCAGGAAUUUCCAUUGAAUUUUUGUUUUUGAUGUACAUAAUUGUAAACAAUUUUGUCUUUGUGAAUUAUGAAAGUAAUGUGCGUUAAUUAUUUCGUGUGGUAUUUACUAAGAUAUAGAUUGAUGUAUGUUGUAACCAAAUAUAUCUUGCAAUUAUCUGUUUUUCUUAUAAAUCAUCUGUCUGCCAUUCCAUUUCUAUGAUAGACUUUUCUGUAUGAAAGCAAAGCAAGAAUUGCACUGCCAGCCAAACUGCAGUUUUCUAAGAAAAAUCUAAUCAUUGUACAAAUCUGUUGAGUUACGUAUUAAACAAGCAAUGUGCCCAUGACUGCAUAAAAACUUUACCUGCAUUUAAUUUAUCAGUGUACAUUUUAUACCGCAUUGUAUAAAUAUCUUUUCUUGUAGUAUUAAUUUUGAUUUUGCAGUAAAGUUAACAGGAAGUAA